AUGGUAAAUCGCCAAGAGGACCAAGGACAGUCCGCGAUCGAGAGUAUCCAAAAGGAAGGCGGACAAGAUACCAAAGUCUCCUGGAUCCCAUGCGACUUGGGAAACUUCAAAAACAUCAAGGAGGUUUUUACGGGUUUUCGUGACCGCGAAGACCGUCUUGACCUUCUCGCUCUUUCAGCUGGCAUCAACGCCGCUCCCUACGACGAGACCAUCGACGGUAUCGACAGACACUUCCAAGUGAAUUGGCUUGGACAGCUAUACGUCUGUAAUCUGCUCUACAGCCUUCUUCGGAAAACGUCUAGAUUGCCCGAUACUCCAGCUCCGCGCAUUGUCUUCGAAUCAUCCGAGCUGCAUCGUCUAGCACCGUCGUCGACGUUCCGAUCUGUGGGAGAGAUCAACGACUCUAAGAUCGAUCCCGCGCAACUAUAUGCACGGUCGAAACUUGCCAUUAUUUUGGGUGUCAAGUACGGAUUGGUAGAUCGUGUGAUACGACCAAAUAAUGAUCGCAUAUUUGCCCUUUCCGUACAUCCUGGUGCUGUAAACACCGCCAUGCAACAGCAGUGGAAAGAUGCCUAUCCGGGGCUCCUGGGGAAGCUGCUCACAACUUCCAUGCUUACUAUCGGUCGCAACCCAGAGCAGGGGUCUUGUAGCGCUCUGUAUGCGGCAAUCAGCUCGGAAAUUGAGCAGAAGAACUGGAAUGGCUACUACUUGACAAACCCCGGGCAGUCAGGGAAGGAAUCGAGCCAGGCUUCUGAUCCUGCGCUGGGAGAGGCGCUUUGGGAGCUGAGUCUUCAGAUGAUUAGGGAGAAAGUGGGGGCAGAUGGGAUUGCAGAUUGGAAUUCUACCUAA